UGUGCGUUUAACUCAAUGCCGUGUUAACUGAUAAAUAGUAAACAGACAAAUGUAGUUUGAAAAAAAAAUAAUAUUUUAAUAUGGUGAAAAAAAAAGGUAAGCUGAGAAGAGUAAAUCCAGAACAGAAAAAAACUAUAAAAGAUCCUAAUCCUAAUGAUCAAGAAUAUAUUUACAAUGAAGUCGACGAGUUUCAUCUUAGUAAAGAUAAGAUUAUGUUGGAUCCAUCACAAGAUUAUGAUGAAUCAGAUGAACAAGUAUCUGAUGAGGAAGUAUUAGCUAUAGGUAGUGAAGAAAGCGAAGAAGAAAUAAAUAAUGCUGAUGAGACUUUAAAUGAUAAAAAGGAUGAUGAUAGUGAGGGUUACAGUGACGCUGACAAUGAUGACAUCAGUGACAAUGGUGAUGAUGAUGAUGACAAUGAAGAUGAUGAUAAUGAAGACUCUGAAAGUGAAGAUGGUAUCCCAAGCUCAAAAGCAUGGGGGAAAAGCAAAAAGGCAUAUUAUGACACAGACAUUCAUGAAGAAGAUUUAUUAAGUGAUGAAGAAGCUCAGGAGGCUGCUGCAGAAGAAGAAAAAGAGGCUUUAUUACUCCAAAAACAAAUGGCUGAAAGACUUGGUAGCGAAGACUUCUAUAAAUGUGAUGCUGAGAAUAUUGAAAAUGAUCAAAGUUCAGAAGUGACAGAAUCUAAUGUGAUUACAGAUUAUUCAAAACUUUCCAAACGUGAAAAGCUAGAGAUUUUAUCUAAACAAUCUCCUGAGUUACUUCCUUUAAUAGAAGAAUACAAAGAUAUGUUAAAUGAACUAAAAUCAAAAUAUCACCCAUUGUUGUUGAUGUCACAAAAAGGUUGUAUUGAUUCAAAACAAGUGAGGCUCUUUGUAGAGAUGAAGCACCAUAUAUUAACAAAUUAUUGUGUCAAUAUUGCUUUCUACAUGGCAUUAAAAUCAAGUAAAACAUUUUUGAAAGGGCAUCCUGUUUUUAAUGCUUUAGUUCAGCAUAAAGAGCUUCUUUCAAAAUUAUAUCCAGUUGAGAAGGAUCUUGCUUCCCAAAUAGCAACUCUUAUUUCACAAUACCACACUGGAGAAUGGGAGAGUAUUUCAACAGUAGUUGAGGAAGUUGAUGACAAUCCUCAGGAGCUAAAAAAGAAAAAAAAAGAAAAGAAAUCAAAAAGACCAUCCAAGAUGAAACAAUCAAAUGCUUCCUUGGAUAACAUAGAUCCAUUGGAAUAUUACAAUAUGGUAAAAGAGCAAGCUGAAAAUGAGAAACGUUUAAAACUUUCGAAAAAUCAAAAUAAUGAACCGUCUGACGAAGAAGAUGAACUUGAUGAGGAAGGUAAAAGAAAAAUUACAUAUGAGAUGUCUAAAAACAAAGGUUUAAUUAGAAAACGACGCAAAGAGUUAAAAAACCCCAGGGUUAAACAUAGGAUGAAAUUCAAAAAAGCUGUCAUCAAACAUAAAGGACAGGUUCGUGAAGUUAAAAAAGAAAUCAACCGAUAUGGAGGUGAAAUAACCGGUAUUAAGUCCUCUUUAGCAAGAAGCACGAAAAUACGAUAAAUGAUUUAAAGAUCCACUACGAAUAUUAUAAGUUUAAAGUACUAAAUUUUAAUUUUAUUAUGUAACACAUUUUUUGUCGUUAGAUUCAAGUUAUUAUAUUUCAAUUGUGUCUAAAGAUUAGAAAAACGUCUAUAGUAA